AGCUCGGCAGAAGGGCAGGACCGCAUCCCGGAGCUGCCUGAAGUAGCUAGCUCUUUAUUCAGACCUAAACGUUUCUUAUUUGGUUAAUAUACCAAAGAGAGUUUCUCCGAGCUUCGCUGUCGAGGUUCCUCCGCAAGCUCAGCUGGAAAUCUGAGUCUGAAUCCGGAGGCAAGACAUCUCAGAGAGGCUGCCGACACCACGGAGAAAGUGACGGACGGAGCAGAGCCUGGCCAUCGGGAUUUUACAUCGCAUCGCAUCAGUUUAGGAUAUUUCAGGCAGCUACUUUGGCCCUGCCUCGAUUUCUUUCAGGGUACCUUCACACAAUAUUGCCUAGAUAAUAUUACUAACAUCUGCAUGAUACAUUUCGCAUAAGGUCGUCUAUAGCGAACAGGCGGACCACUUUAAACCCAUGCGUAACAGCGGGGGAUUUUGGAAUACAGCGUAGCCGUUUAACCACACAGUGUUUCUGUUAAGAUUUCUUUUAUUCGGAGAUAUCUACAAGCCAGAAAAAAAGAAGAUCAACCAGGACCGUUUACUUUGUUUCGGAGGCUAAACGUUGAAAACCCGAAGCGCACUUUGUGCGCAAUCCUUCUGAGGACGCUCCUGAAAUUGCCGACCUGCGCUUUUGCCCUCGACAAAAAUUGGCAGCCGAGUCGAGAAAAAAAAAGGCAAAGCUUAUUAACUUUGCUUGCUAGAGGCUAGAGUGUGGAAUCUAAUUUGCAGGCUCACCGGUAUAUUUGCAUACCAUCGGAAAACGAGGAUAAACUUAAUCAACAUUUGACAUCGACAAAACAGCAGCUGGAUUUUGGGGAACAGAAUGAAUCCUUUUUAAUUUGGACCGCAGAAGUAUGAGGCAGAUUGCUCAGUGACUGCUACAAUCUGCAUGGAGUUCUAGACUGCACUACGGAGAAAUUUAUGGUUGGCCGCAGAACUCCCCCGGCUGUAGUACUGUGCCCACCUCGCCAUGCUGGCCUGUCUGCAGAGGAGGCAAAACCCUCCACCCCAGCACCCGGUGUGUGCCAGCAAGACCCUGGAGCCACCACAGGCGCUCGGACGGAAAUGUGAACUGGUGGUGCCCACACAUACCCCACGCUACCCCACCGCGGCAGAACUUGAUGCCUACGCUCAGAAGACAGCCAAUAACCCACUGUCCAUCAAGAUCUUCCCCACAAACAUCAGGGUUCCCCAGCACAAGCACCUUAACAGGACUGUGAAUGGAUAUGAUACCACGGGGCAACGCUACAGUCCCUACCCACAUAUUCACACAGGGGGCUACCAUGGCCUUCUUGCCAUUGUCAAGGCCUCCUCGUCAUCGUCAUCGUUAUCAACAUCCACCUUCAUCCCCUCGAAAGGUGUUCUCAAGAACUCAGAAGGCAGACGGACUAAGCUCUCUCCAGCCCACAUAGCUGUUGCCCCAUAUCCACCUCCUAGUAGUAGCACUUUAGCCAGUGGCCACGGACAAAUGGUAUACCACACUGGGCCCUCAAAGCCUCCGGAAGGCCCCGGACUGUCAGUUCCUCCAAACGUCACUGUAGCUGGCUCAGUGAUUCCUGUAACCGGGGGCCGAGGCCUGGCCCUGCCCGCACAGUCCAACCUCCCUUCCAUCCAGAGCAUCAUCUAUCAGAUCAACCAGCACUGCCAGGCCCAGGCUCUGCAGCAGGUGUGUCAGGGGGCCGCCACAGCGCCCUCGAAUUCCAGCCCCUCCAAGCAGGGCACAGCUGUCAUGGGGGUCUCUUCUAGCUCCUCAGGUGGAGGCUACGUGGUAGGAAUGGGUCCCCAGGCUAACAUGGUGUACACGGGGCCUGGGCUGCCGGCUCAGACUGCAGACGCGAUUAAGACUGGUGUUUACGCAGACGGCAUGGACUACAUCCUUUGGCAGAAACAGCAACAGCAACAACAGCAGCAACAGCAGCAGCAACAGGCCGUGCUCCGCAUGUACAGUGGGGGCAGCGGCGGAGGGGGCGCCAUCAGCAAGUCCCCCGAGACUUGCGUUCCGGGGGGAGGGAUUAUGGCGGCCCAAAUGUCCUCCUCUUCUUCUAGGCCGUACCACCUGACAGCGAGCGCCAGCGGAGGAGGCGGGCUGGACAAAGUCAGCUCUUCACCUUUGAACUGCGUGGGGAUGCACGGAAAUUUCUCAGUGGGUCAAUACUUUGCACCGCCAUGGAACAGUGUGCUGGUGACACCUGACAGUGACUGCUACAACCCCCAGGAGCUUUUGGGCACCUCCACAGGAGGCCCGGCCACGGGGCACAGAGAGAUGGGCUACCCUCACCACCAUCAUCACUACCACCACCAUCACCACCACCACCCCGCUAUAGACAGCGGGGGAGGUUUGUGCUGCAGCCUGCCCAGCAAGAGCAUGUGCAAUACAUCAGUGCUGAGCAGCAGCUUGCAGUCCCUGGAGUACCUGAUCAACGACAUCCACCCACCCUGCAUCAAGGAGCAGAUGCUUGGCAAAGGCUACGAGACUGUGUCUGUGCCACGUCUCUUGGACCACCAGCAUGCACACAUCCGCCUCCCUGUUUACAGAUAGAGGAGGAGGAAGAGGAGGGAAAGAAUCAAGAGUUGUGAAUUUUGUGAAGAAAAUCAAAGUUAUAGAACAGAGGUGUUUUGGGGUUGCCGAGUCGUUGCAAGUGCCACUGCUUUAACUAGUGUGGGAGCUUAGAGAAGAGCAGUUGUCGUGCUGUGUGACCCUACGUUUGGUGGUUCCGAGGCGGGCUACGGGAAUCCCAAAUACAAAAGGCAGUAGCGAAUGCCAGUGGGAAAGAAAAGGGAUUUCAAGAUUCUCCUGAUGUUCCAUUGUGUGGUUUGCCAAUAGGAUUUUGGAUUGAUAGAUUUCAUUUUUAUUCUUAAAUUUAUUCUUAUUUUUCUUUGUCAUUUUUCUUGCCUGAAUCUGUUUUUAUGAGAAUCAUAGUUUGACAUGAAGUGCAUACGCCACUUGCCCCCCCCCCCCCCCCCCCCCCCCCCCCCCCCCCC